CCGAGGCAGGGGAACGUCGGGGCUCGGGGGUGGCUGUUUCCCGCCGGGCCGGUUAGGCGGUUGCCAGGCGCCGAGUUCCGGCGUUGCCGGGAGCCGCCGGGAGCCGAGCGGGGGAUGCGGCCGGGCGGCGGGGGCUGCGGCACGGGCGGCGCCGGGGCAUGGAGCGGCGCUGAGGCGGCUCCGGCCGGCGGAGGGGGCGGGCAGAGCGGCGCGCGGCGGGGGCCCAUGGUGGCCGGCGGCCGCUGAGAUCCGCCGCUCGCUCGGCCGCGGAGGCAGCCCGGGCGGAGCCGCCCUGGGGUCCCGAGGGCGGAGGCCGGCGGGGGCCCCGGGCGGGGAACAAUGAAGCUCCUGAAGCCGACCUGGGUCAACCACAAUGGAAAGCCAAUAUUUUCAGUGGACAUUCACCCAGAUGGGACCAAGUUUGCAACAGGAGGACAAGGUCAGGAUUCUGGGAAAGUAGUGAUCUGGAAUAUGGCUCCUGUCCUGAAAGAGGAAGAUGAAAAGAAUGAAAAUAUUCCCAAGAUGCUUUGUCAGAUGGACAAUCACUUAGCUUGUGUGAACUGUGUGCGAUGGUCAAACAAUGGAGUUUACUUGGCUUCAGGAGGAGAUGACAAGUUGAUUAUGGUGUGGAAACGAGCUGCGUACAUUGGACCUAGCACUGUGUUUGGUUCUAGUAGCAAACUUACUAAUGUUGAGCAGUGGAGGUGUGUAUCAAUUCUCAGAAGCCAUUCAGGAGAUGUCAUGGAUGUAGCGUGGUCUCCGCAUGAUGCCUGGCUGGCAUCCUGUAGCGUGGAUAACACUGUUGUCAUCUGGAAUGCUGUCAAAUUUCCAGAAAUUCUUGCCACUUUGAAGGGGCAUUCUGGCUUGGUGAAAGGAUUGACCUGGGAUCCUGUUGGAAAAUAUAUUGCCUCUCAGGCUGAUGAUCGAAGUUUGAAGGUGUGGCGGACCAUGGACUGGCAGUUGGAAACCAGCAUCACAAAACCCUUUGAUGAGUGUGGAGGGACAACUCAUGUGUUGCGUCUUAGCUGGUCACCUGAUGGUCACUAUCUUGUUUCUGCUCAUGCCAUGAAUAAUUCUGGACCUACUGCUCAGAUCAUUGAGAGAGAUGGAUGGAAAACCAACAUGGAUUUUGUAGGGCAUCGGAAGGCAGUUACCGUAGUGAAAUUCAAUCCAAAAAUCUUCAAGAAGAAACAAAAGAAUGGAAGCUCCACCAAGUCAAGUUGUCCCUACUGCUGUUGUGCUGUUGGUAGUAAGGAUCGAUCUCUUUCUGUCUGGCUCACAUGUCUGAAACGACCUUUAGUUGUCAUACAUGAGCUGUUUGACAAGUCUAUCAUGGACAUCUCCUGGACCCUUAAUGGACUUGGUAUCCUGGUGUGUUCCAUGGAUGGAUCGGUGGCGUUUUUGGACUUUUCCCAGGAUGAACUUGGAGAUCCACUCAGCGAGGAGGAAAAGAGCAACAUUCAUCAGUCCACCUAUGGUAAAAGCCUAGCUAUAAUGACUGAAGCUCAGUUAUCUACCACCAUUAUUGAGAAUCCAGAGAUGCUCAAGUAUCAACAGAGACAGCAACAGCAGCAGGCGGAGCAGAAGAACGCCUCAAUUAGGGAAGCAUCUGGGGCAGCGACAGCGGCUCCCAAAGUGGCAAGCAUGGUUAAUGGGGAGAGUUUGGAAGACAUUAGAAAGAAUCUCUUAAAAAAACAAGUUGAAACACGAACAGCAGAUGGUCGGAGAAGGAUCACACCUCUCUGCAUAGCUCAGCUGGACACUGGGGAUUUUUCUACAGCAUUUUUCAAUAGCAUCCCAAUAUCUGGAUCUCUGUCUGGCUCAAUGAUGUCUUCUCAAAGUAACCAGCAGCUCAUGUCAUUAGAUUCUAACGCAGCAAAUUCCCUUAAUACUUCAAAGCCUUCUGUAGAGCCAACAGCAGCCAGUAUAAAACCAACAGAUGAUGCAGCCAAUAAAGAUGGUGUAAAUGCUACCUCUGCCUCAGCUGCUCCUCCUGCAUCAUCUUCCUCUGUGUUGACAACUCCAUCCAAGAUUGAACCUAUGAAAGCAUUUGAUUCUAGAUUUACAGAACGAUCCAAAGCCACCUCAGGGACUGCUGUUGUAACAAAUACAAAUCAGACUGUUGUGGACAGACUGAAGGAUCAGAAUUUAAUUAAAGAUAAUAAGCCCAAGGAUAUUCUGGAGAGCAGCAGUGACAGUGAAGAGAAGAUUCCAGCUGCUAAACCACUCAGUGUACCCAAACGGAAACUGGAACUUGAGGGAGAGACGGUAGAAAAGAAGAAAAAAGGAAGGCCUCGAAAAGACUCCAGACUUGUACCAGUAACUUUAACUGUUCAGUCCCCAGCUACACUGGCCUCUGAGAAGGAUGCUGCUUGCAUCUCUGCACCAGCAUUAGCACUUAAACUGCCAACACCAAUCCCACAGAAAUCGUUUACUUUGCAAAUAAGUUCAGACCCAUCAAUGUACCUUGAAGUGGAGAAUGAAAUGACCACAGUGGGAGGCUCAAAGUUGAGCAGGUUAAAGUGUAAUCGAGAAGGAAAGGAAUGGGAGACGGUCCUCACCAGUCGAAUUCUCACUGCAGCGGGAAGCUGUGAGAUUGUAAGUGUAGCCUGUGAGAAACGAACAUUGUCGGUAUUUUCAGCUUGUGGUCGUCGCCUUCUUCCUCCUAUAAUAUUGAAUACACCCAUUUCCACCCUACAUUGCACAGGUUCUUGCAUCAUGGCUCUCACCACUGCUGCUACACUCUCAGUUUGGGAUGUUCACAAGCAGACAGCCAUUGUUAGAGAUGAGUCUUUGCAAACCAUAUUUUCAGGAAGUGAUGCAACUGUCUCUCAGAUCUUGCUGACUCAGCAUGGUAUACCUGUAAUGAGCAUGUCUGAUGGAAAGGCAUACUGUUUUAAUCCUUCUCUUUCUACGUGGAAUCUUGUUUCUGACAAACAGGACUCUCUAGCACAAUGUGCAGACUUCAGGAACAGUUUGCCAUCCCAAGAAGCCAUGCUGUGUUCUGGGCCCUUAGCUGUAAUACAGGGACGAACAUCGAAUUCAGGAAGGCAAGCUGCAAGAUUGUUCUCCAUGCCUCAUUUAGUGCAACAAGAAACAACGCUUGCAUACCUGGAGAACCAGAUAGCAGCAGCACUUAUGUUACAGUCCAGUCACGAAUACCGCCACUGGCUCCUUAUCUAUGCACGGUACCUAGUUAAUGAAGGGUUUGAAUAUCGUUUGCGAGAAUUAUGCAAGGAUUUACUGGGUCCAGUCCAUUACUCAGCUGGAAGUCAGUGGGAAUCAACAGUUAUGGGUUUACGAAAGAGAGAACUAUUGAAAGAGCUUCUUCCUGUUAUUGGACAGAAUCUCCGCUUCCAGAGGCUUUUCACAGAAUAUCAAGAGCAGCUAGACAUCUUGAGAGACAAGUAGCAUUUCCCCAGAUUUUCCCUGCG